CAUAACAAAAUAAUGUGGAAUCUUGUGGAAUCGAAGUGGAAUCGUGAAUGAAUGUUUACAAUUAUGUAAAAUGAAGAAUGAUUGAAUUAAAUUCAAUAAGUGUACAAAUUUUUAUCUGUUCAUGAUAAAGAAUUAAUUAAAAUUCAUAAAUUAUUUCUAAAGUAAAAGUGGGAAUAUGCCAUCUUAUGAAGAUAAGGUUAUUCUAGCACCUAUGGUAAGGAUUGGGACGUUGCCCAUGAGAAUUCUAUCACUUCGUUAUGGUGCUGAUAUUGUAUAUUCAGAAGAGUUAAUUGACUGGAAAUUUUUACGCUCUAAACGCAGGUAUAAUGAUAUCCUCCAAACAAUAGAUUUUGUUGACCAAACUGAUGGAACUAUAGUUUUUCGUACGUGUAAAGAGGAAAAAGAUAAAGUUGUUUUGCAGCUAGGUACUUGUAGUGCUGAAAGAGCUUUAAAAGUUGCCAAAUUGGUCGAACAGGAUGUGGCAGCUAUCGACAUUAAUAUGGGAUGUCCAAAAGAAUUUUCAAUCAAAGGCGGUAUGGGCGUAGCCUUAUUGCAAGAUCCCAAUAAAGCUUGUGCCAUAUUAAAGACUUUGGUAGAUAAUUUAUCGAUACCAGUUACUUGCAAGAUAAGAAUAUUUGAAACUCCAGAGAAGACAUUAGACGUAGUCAAAAAGUUUGAAAGUACAGGGAUAAAAGCCAUUGCUAUUCAUGGUAGAACUCGAGAUGAAAGACCUCAGCAUGCCGUGCAUGUAGACAUUAUACGUUAUGUAGCAGAGAGGAUAUCAAUACCAGUUAUAGCCAAUGGAGGAUCAAAAGAAAUAGAAAAGUAUAAUGAUAUAUUGAAAUUUAAAGAAAUGACUGGCUGUAGCAGUGUAAUGCUUGCUAGAGCAGCUGAAUGGAACUGCUCUAUAUUCAGAAAAGAUGGCUUAUUACCUAUGGAUACUGUGAUAACUGACUACCUCAAACUUUGUGUUGAUUAUGAUAAUUCUCCAUCUAAUACAAAGUAUUGUGUUCAGAAUAUUUUAAGAGAAUUACAAGAAACUCCAAGAGGGAGAAAAUUUUUAGAAUGUCAAACCUUAGAACAAAUAUGUGCUAUAUGGGAUUUGGACAAAUAUUGUCAAGAGAAACAAAGUCAAUAUCAAAAAAUGGGCAUUCAAGGAAGAUGGCAAGUGCAUCCAGAUGAAUUAGAACCUCCUCAUAAAAAGGCUAAAACAGAAGACAUUGAUUUAGAUAAUGUUAUCAAAAUGAAGGUAUGCUUUAUACGAGCUAACUUCAAUGACCUCAAUUUACCUAAGUCUCAGUUACAUGCCUGGGCUGGGAAAAAAGGUAUUAAAUUACCGCAUUAUCAGACUCAUCAAGUAGAAAAAUUAUUUUGCUGCAUACUUACGUUUAAUGAUAAAAAAUAUACAUCAACAUUUUGGGAGAAGAACAAGAAAUUCGCUGAACAGGGAGCUGCAUUGGUAGCCUUAUUCCAUCUAGGCGUGAUAAAAGAAGAAGAUUUAAUUAAACUUGGAAGUAUAAUAAAAUAGUAGUUGAAGAAA